AUGGAAAAAUAUCCCCAAAUUGAGAGAUCGUCUGAUACUUUGGAUAUAAAAGCCUUGGGUCCCAACACCUUUGGGCUCAUAAAGCAAUCAAGAAAAGCUUCCAUAGUCGCUUAUCAAGGAUUGAAGGAGUUGUUUAAGUUCCGAAAGUUUGCUGAAGUUGAAAACACUCCUACUCCUAGAUUCAUUAAUGCUGAGGUUGUCGAGGAACAUAUGUUUCCUAAACCAAAAUUUCAAUUUGCCUCUGAAGAGUUUGAAGUUUUUGAUGUUGAAGAAGAAGAGGAUCAAGAAAAGGAAUUUUCAGAGAAUGAAUUUGAAAAUUUUAUUCCACAAAGUAUUUCAUUCAUAGAAGAGGAUGUUGUUGGCACUCCUCCUUUUGUGUAUAAGAGAGAAAAUGAUACAUUGGUACAAUCUUCCUCACCAACCCCUAAACAAAUGGAUGUACCUAUUGUAGAACUUCAAAGAACUACGAGGAAGCCUCCCCAAACAGCUCUAGUUGAUAUUGAACCUCCAUCUAGAAGUGAUCUAGAAGACAUCUCCGAUGCCCUACCGCAAGAGAUUAGCAAUGUACACCCAGUCUUCCACGUGUAA